UUACUGUUUAUAUCCAAUCAGCUGAAAACCGUCCCUAUGUUUGAUUAUAACUAUAUCACUUUCUCUUUGUUUGUUCCUAAGGAGUACCAUAUGGCAGAAAGCUCCUUACACGUUGUGGAACAGCAUACUACAUGGCUCCAGAAAUACUCCAAAGACAGGGCUAUAACAGAGCGGUGGACUGGUGGGCUGUAGGAGUCAUGAUUUACCGUAUGCUGCUUCGCAAGUUCCCAUUUGGAGGAAUAUUGCGAAGUACGAUAUUUGGAAGAAUCACCCACCAAGAACCAACAUUUCCAAAGCAUUUAUCUCAUAAUGCUGUGGACAUAACUUCAAAUCUAUUGGAUAAAAAUCCUUCAAGUCGUCUAGGGUCUAGUAUAAGAGGUGCUGAGGAUGUAAAGAUGAGUCCUUUCUUUAAGGUAUGUUUAUGUUUUAGACAUUUAAAAACUCAUUGUCAUGAUAAGAAAUAGGAUGGAGCUAAAUUUCAGAUAUUGGGCCAGAUUCAGUCCAGUGAAAAAAAAUGGA